AUGUCCUCAUAUCUGGUUACUGGAUCAUCUCGCGGCCUCGGUCUGGCGCUAGUUGCUCGUCUUGCUUCCUUGCCCGAAACGGAGGUCGGAACUAUCUUCGCAACUGCUCGCCGGGACAGUUCCCUACAGUUGAGGGAUAUUGUUAAUGCAUCGCCGGGGCGUAUCGAACUGGUCAUUUUGGACGUGACUGACGAAGCGAGUGUGAAGGAGGCCGUGAAGAUAGUUGAGAGCAAGUUGCAGGGCAAAGGGCUGGAUUUCUUAAUAAACAACGCGGGGGUUAUGGACCACUCGCCGACGGGGUUGGAAGGAAUGGACAACUUGAACGAACUAUUCAACAUCAAUGUUACUGCUACCCACAUAGUGACGCGAGCCUUUCUACCUCUACUUCGUCAUGGAAGCAAGAAAACCGUGAUUAAUAUAUCAACCACAUUGGGCUCCAUAGCCAUGGCCGAAAGGUACCAACGAUCGAACGCGCCCGCCUAUCAGAUUUCGAAGGCUGCGUUGAACAUGUUGACAGUGCAGUACGCCCUACAGUAUGGCAACGAAGGGUUUAUUGUUCUUGCUAUCACCCCCGGUUGGUUGCGUACCGAUCUUGGGAGUUCCUAUGCAGACCUACCAGUAGAGACUGGUGCUGAAAAGGUGAUAGAUAUUAUACAAAAAGCCUCUCCAGAUCAGAGCGGAAAACUUGUCAACAUUCAUGUUCAAGGAUGGGAAAAGGCGGAUGGCCCAAAUCAAUAUGAUGGAAAGGUGGUUCCAUGGUGA